UAUAAAUGGCAGACAAACAAUGAUGUCCACCAUCCAUAUCAUAUAGCUCGGCCAUAUUUUGUUCGUGAUUGGGGUGCGCUUCUGCAUUCAUUAGCAUCUACCUUAAGCUGUGUCCAUUACGAGGUGCAGAUCUUGUUCUUGAGAGAGGAUGGCAUCACUUUGGAUCAUGAUGAAUAUCGCAAUCCGUAUCCUACUAACAAUAGGAGGAAUACAUCUUAUUUACGCUGACGAGAUGUUUGUCUGUGACUACACGACUAAAGGUAUCUACAUGGCGUAUGUAGAUGAUGAUAGCAGCUUUGAAGGGGCAAAAUUCAACUUGCUUCCUCUAGCAAAUGUAUCGACUCCUAUCGCCAUCCAGUAUGACUUACGAUCUCGGACGUUAUACUGGACUGACGUAGCUUUAGAUGGUAUCUUUCGAUCUAAUAUCGAUGGAUCACAAAACGAACAGGUCGUAUCUGAUUUGAGUUCACCACAAGGUUUGGUGAUAGAUAUUGAUAAUGAUCGCAUGUAUUGGACCGAUUCCGGUAUGGAUAAGGUGGAAUCCGCCAAUUUAGACGGUUCAAACCGAACGGUUAUCGCAGAGACCGGACAUGAUAAACCGCGUGGCAUCGCACUGUCCGUAAGACAAGGACUGCUGUUUUGGACUGACUGGGGCGAAAAUCCUAAAAUCGAGAGAGCGAACAUUGACGGGACGAAUCGGUCAGUCAUUGUCUCUCAAAAUCUCACUUGGCCGAACGGAGUCGCGAUCGAUGGCUCGGAUUCACGUUUGUACUGGUGUGAUGCUAGUGUUGACCAGAUCGAAUCUGUUUUCUUCGAUGGGAGCGAUCGUCGACUUCAAAUCUAUACUUCCGCUAGUGUCGACAUCCAUCCAUUCGGUAUAGCACUCCGUGGAAGUGAUAAUGAUAUAUAUUUCACCGAUGCUAACUAUCAACGUGUGAUUGCGCUUGAUCGUUCACAUAAUAAGUUUGAGUUCAUCGGUUCUUUUGAAGGCCCAACUGGUAUCGUGAUUAAUCAAGAUCGUCAAGGUAGUGCUUGUGAAGCUGAUGGGACUGAGCCAUGUUUUAAUGGAGUAUGCAAUGAUAACAACGGUACAAUGGAAUGUCUCUGUUUCCCUGGCUACACCGGAGCGACAUGCUCAGAUGAGCUAAAUGAAUGCAACUCGUCCCCGUGUCAUAACGGGACCUGUGUUGAUCUUAUCAAUGCCUUUACCUGUGAGUGUCUCCCUAGCCACGGUGGAAUCUUCUGCAAUGAAGAGAUCAAUCAAUGUGAACCGACUCCUUGUCUAAACGGUGGAACAUGUAUCGACGAUAUAUACGAUUACGAGUGCAUUUGUCCAGAGGGAUUUGAGGGAAUGCACUGUGAAAUAUCUGAAGAUGACUGUAUCAGUAACCCAUGUGUGAACGGAAAUUGUGUGGAUGGGCAUCAACAAUACACAUGCAUUUGCCUAUCCGGAUAUGGAGGAAUUAAUUGUGAAACUGAUAUUAACGAGUGUGCUAGUAACCCGUGCUGGUAUGGAACCUGUAUGGAUUCAAUAAAUGAGUGGAGCUGCGAUUGCACUCCUGGCUAUGGAGGAAACAGAUGUCAAACAGAAAUCAACGAGUGUUCUAGUAAUCCCUGUCAGCAUAACCAAGGCGUUUGUGUAGAUGGAGUCAAUGAAUUCACCUGUGCAUGCUUUCCUGGUUAUGUUGGAAUACUGUGCGAAACAGAUUACGAUUAUUGUCAAUCAAAUCCAUGUAUCAAUGGAGACUGUACUGAUGGCAUCGAGUCAUAUACAUGCGAGUGCACACCUGGUUUCACCGGUCAUAAUUGCGACGAGGAUAUCAAUGAGUGCAGUAUCAAUCCAUGUUUUAACGGUGGAUCGUGUAGUAAUAUCCAGAAUGGAUUUUCAUGUACCUGUCAACCUGGGUUUACUGGACCACGUUGUAUAACAGAUAUCGAUGAGUGUUCAAGUAAUCCUUGCACGGCCGGACAGGGCAUUUGUCAAGACGAAAUCAAUAGAUACACCUGUCACUGUUUUCCAGGGUAUUUUGGAGUCAAUUGUGAAACAAAUAUUAACGAUUGUUCUGGUGAUCCUUGUCUAAACGGAGGAACAUGUAACGAUCUAGUAGGUGGCUACUCGUGUCUAUGCGCUGAGGGAUUCGUAGGAAAAAACUGUGAACAAAGUAGUAAGGAAUGCAACAGCAACCCAUGUAUUCAUGGUCGGUGUGUUGAACGUCAUAAUAGUUAUUCUUGUCGAUGCAAUGAGGGUUAUACUGGGUUUGUGUGCGACACAGAUAUAGAUGAUUGUAGCAUCAGUAGCGUCGGCGUCAGCAAUUCACCAUGUGGUGAUAAUGGUGUGUGUGUUGAUGGGGUGAACUCAUACACAUGUAUCUGUAGUACUGGUUACACUGGAAGCAACUGCCAUAUCAAGCUCAUGUGUACCCGUCCAAGCGAGGAACCAGAAGGAACAGUGUUCGACAGUCCAGAAAAUUUAUUCUAUUACGGUGACGCCUUGUCUGUUUCAUGUCGUGGUACAUCGGCAUCAACCCUUUGGAUCUGUCUCGGUUCAAAUAAUUGGAAGAAACAUGAGCUUGUCUGUACCUCAGACUCAUCUAAACAGACCCUGGUUGUCAUUGCUGCAAUACUUGGUGUACUUCUAGCUUUCUCCAUCAUCAUGUGUGCUUUAUCCAUCGUAUGCCGUCAUCGAUCUGGUUCUGUGAAGAUGAAUAAUUCUGGCUCCAAUUCAGUUCGAAUGACUGGUGGACAGGUUCAUUUUGAAGAUGGUGGGGUGAGUAAUCCAAGCUACAUGAAUUUCUCAAAUGAUCCAAGCUACACUUCAGCAGAUACCUUACCAAGAAAGGAAGCCUUACCUGAAGGUGAUGGUACAACCAAUGGCAGUCCAUCGGUCGGAACUGACGAUCAUUUCGUGGCAACGUUGGACGAAGUGCCUCUACAACCUCCUUCGUAUUCAACAAAUUAGGUUUCCCUUGGAAGAAAUUCACGAAAAUCCAUUACCCAAUGUUUUUUUUUACAAACCUCUAAUAUCCCCUUUGAAAUAUGUUUUUUCCGAAAAAUUAAGCAUCCCCUUCCGAGCAGGAAUUACUCCAUUUUUAAAAAUAGUCUUGUACUAAAAUAAGUCACAUUUGAAGGGGGCCUUGGAUACAGGGACGGGGGGAUGGGCGGGCUUCAGCCCCCCACUUUUUUUUCUAAAACGGUGUACAAAAAAACGUAUAAAUGACCAUCUGAUUGUGAUUUUUUGCAUGGUCAGCCCCCCCCCCCACUUUUGGUUCAGCCCCUUUCAAAACCAUUCCACGGCCCCUGGUUUGAUUAUGAUUCUUAUGAAAAAGAGACUGCGCGUUCCAAAACUUUACGCAAAUUAUUAACCGUUUGAAAAGCCUUGUUCAAAUAUUUUAUUUCCAUUUAUAGUAACUUCCUUCCAAAUGAAGACUUUAAUGUUCCCUACAUUAGUAACCUUUAAAUAGGCAUCUUGUCUAUGAAUAUUACAUGUACUCCAUUUCAAUACCCUAUAUGAUUAUAUUCCUCCUAAGAUCAAAUUAUUCUUCACUAUUGUGCCCAAAUAAAAACGGUGUGUUAUUUUGAAAAUCUAAAUUCAUUUUGAAGAGAGAAAAUGGCCCUAAGUUAACACUAACCUAUGACCAUAUCGAACUAUUUUUAUUCAAAACAUCACUGUUCUGUGUCGAGUUUAAUGCAUUUGGAAUUCUUUGGUUGAUAAUUUUCACCUCUUUUAUGAUUGUUUGUUUUAAGCUCUUGAAAAGUACAUGAAAAACGUUACACUUGAAACACAUCGCCUUAACAUUUUUGUUUUGAAUGAGCUCGAGAAAAAUCAGGAGGUAAAUUAGCAUUUCUAUAGUCUCAUUAAACGUUCGGUUGUGUUUGGUCAAUGAGUAGCAUUCCAGGGAACAGGUAAAGGGGAAGUGUCACCCCUCGAAUAACUAAUUUUGUAGAGAGGGUCGCCUCCCAGCCCCCUCCUCCUAAAACGUUUAUAACCAAUCAGAUUAUGUCAUUUCUGACUAUCUAGUUAUAUUUCUGUUUGAAAAGCCUUAAAUUGUGAUAUUCUCAGAUUAUAUCAAGAUCCUUUUUUAAAGAAUACUUUCAACUUCUUCACAUGUCUAAGAGUGUUUUUGUAUAAUAUUUUUGAGAAAUUUGAUGUAGAUUUAUUUCUUUUUUAAUUAUUGAUAUUUUCUGUAAUGUUGCUAUGAAUGAUUUUGAUAUUCAAUGGUGAAAUAUAAGAUGGAUUUAUUUAUCAGGGUUCGAACGUUUACACAGGGUACCACUGUAGCAGAUUCAUUUAAACAGGAAUGUAAUCAAAACAUUUUCGUGAAAUCUGAAAUUGACAUUUCAAUAUUUCCUUUAGAUUCAAUUGCAUUAAGAUUUAUAAAUGGAAUUAUAUUGGAAAUUUUAUUCAUACAACUUAAGUACAUAACAUAUUAACCAGUAAGUUCCGUAUAUUUUAACAAACAAUAGAAGUCAUUCAUUUAUAAUUUCAUAUUAUGCCAAAAGUGCACUUAUUAUUAUUUUUAUAGAUCUUUUUGAAUUACACGCGGCAGAAAAAUGUUUAUUUCCUUAAUAAAUAAUGAAGUAUGAUGUGAAUAUGUAAUCAUUUCAUUAUCCGUGUAGAAUAAUGGGAUCUUAAAUGGGAUUUGAUCUUGUUCGUACUGAAAUAAGUUUAUUGCACUGAAAUAAUAUAAUAUUAGUCUGCAAGUAUGACUAGCUUUAUGAAGCAUACUAUUUUGAAUUGUUUAAUCAAUAUGUUCAACCAAAUAUAAACUCUUUAAAACUUAACUUCUUUCACAACAACCAGAACGAUUGGGCGUUUUCUCUUUAUAUUUACAACUGUUAAAUAUUUGCAUUUAUAUGAAUACAUCGAGAAAUAGCCUUAUUCAAUUAUCGAUGAAAUAUUUCAAUUUGAUGGAGCUAUAUGCAUAACUUUUAUUAUGUCUAUCGGUUGUCAUAUUUUUGCCUAUAUUUCAUGUUGCUAAACUGUAUAUACUGCGUGUAUUCAUCUUUAUCAGAGUUUUAUACACAGAAAUGUUACGCGUGUGCAUUACUUUGUCAAAGAUUGGAUUUUGUAUUCGUACUAUUUUUAUAUUUAUAAAAAUAUAAAUAGGUAAGUAGGCCCGCUGAAAUAUAUCUUACGAUACGUAAUACCAAACAGGAUAUUCUAUUCGCAGCAUCAAUAUAUACUUUAACUAUAAAAAUACUGAAAUAUAGUCACGUUAUAUCAAAUUUUAUAAUUAUAUUUAGCUUAAUUGUGUUUCUCGUUUAUUUUUAUCUUCCGAUCAGUACUGGGGCUGGUUACAGAAAGAGUUGCGAUUAAACUUAACUCACAAACCAAAACACCAUUAUGUUCAUCUGAUUGGUUGACAAUCAGGUCGCGUUUGAUUUCUGUAGUUAUGUUUAAUUACAUUUCUUCCUGUAACAGACCCCUCCUCGUUCACGAACACUAUGUUUAUAUUUUCUGUUUGUAUCAUAUCAAUAAAUUUAAAGGGCCCCUUGGUAGAGCAGUUUUGUAACUGAAAGGGCUACCCUGUUGAAAUAAAACGGAAAUAAAUUAAAAAAAUAAAUAAAGAUCAAACUGCAGAUGUUUUUAUCAA